UUGACGGGCUGGCGUGGACGGCACCGAGGCGCGCGCGCGCGAUUACCGGUCCUCUGAGCGGCGCCGGCCGAACUUACGCGAAUUUUGACAGACUCGCGUCUCAGAGCGCGCGCUGUCUGGAAAACCGAGCGGGGAAAUGUUGACGACCGCCCGCUUUGGCUAACGAAGCUAGCCUAGCUAGCUAGCUAAGCUCGUCGGGAAGCGCCGGCGAGCAUCAUGAACGAGGAUGACGGCUCGACGCCGGCGAAUAGUCGAGACAAAGACUCCACUCUGCUGCUCACUAAGGACGGGCAGCGGUACUAUGUGAACAAGAGCGGCGUGGUGGACAGUCGCAACGUAACCACUCCGCAGGAGUCCGACAAUAACAUGUUUUCCUACGACAUGGACGACGCCGACGAGGAAAGCGACGUGCUGGACACCUCGGAUCCCAGGGAGGGCGCCGCCAGCCCCGAAGAACUCAACGACGAGGACGCGUCCGAGGGCGACAACGCUCCCAAGCAGUGCACGUACGAGGGCUGCACGGAGACCACCACGACACAUCCGGCGAAGCAGAGGAAACCCUGGAUGUGCAAAAAACACCGAAAUAAGAUGUACAAAGACAAGUACAAGAAGAAGAAGAGCGACCAAGCCAUGUCCAGUGGGAAACUCGACGAGAACUCUGAAGAGCGGCCGGUAUCUGUGAACAAACAGCGCCUCGGUACAAUGGGAGACCGGCCAGCCAGGCCUUCCCUGAUUGAGCAGGUGCUCAACCAAAAGAGACUGGAGCCCAGAGGUCAUCAGCUUCCUUCAGCAGCAGCAGCAUCUUCUGGCCACGCAGAACCGCAGUCAGUCCCAGCAGGAGUUCCCGGGCUGCUGACACCACCGAACCGACCGCGGGCCCGACUCGCCGUGCGUCACGUGGCACAAGCUCAGAGGAAACGUCGGAAAAAAAGACAGUCGGUGCUCAAAGUGAAUUGUUUCCUUUACUAUGUUUGUGAAAGUUGUUUGUGAAAAGCAUGGCACAGCACUCUACUGGUUGAAUUAUAGGAGGAACCACAAGGUUUUUGCCUUCGAAGCAAGUUGACAAUCCGGUCAAGCUGCAGCCCGGCGACGUUCGGAAAAUCGAAGCCCUCGGAUAACCUGUGAUACGGGUGAACGUUAAGUUUCACAGCACUCGUAAGUAUUGGUUUGACUUACACAACAUCCUCUCUGGCCCAGGAUCAGUUUUAAAACAGUCGUUUUUCUUGCGCGAUAACAAUUCUUCUCAUAACCACAUCCGCUUUGUUCAGCUUGAGUGUUAGUGUUCUUUAACUUACAAGUUUAAAAUGUUCCACUUCCCCUCCCUUACUUUAAAGGGAUUUGAUUUUGGAAGACAUACCUCAUCGAUACACUUAAAUUGUCCUGUCAAAACAUCUUCUGGAGUAACAGGUACACAUUUCACUUGAAUAAUUGGGUUUUAAAGUUGGAUUUACCUCUACCGCUUUGGGGCCUCAUCGCUGUCAUUGAGAAACACUUAACUUUUUUUUUUUUUUUUAAAUGACUACUUUACUUUUUAUUGUAAAGGUAUACAACAAAACACUGCUCGUCGUUCGCCUCUGUAUGGCGUUCGCCUCUCGGUGCAUUUUCGUCGCUCUGUUCCGAUUGUUUUCUGUCAGAGGCGCUUUUUUUAUCAACAUGGGUCAUUUUUACUCGUGACAAGUCACGCUUCGGAGCGUGUCGGUAGCCUGUUUCCCAUGGCGGGACCAAGUCGGGUCCUCUCCAAAAAGGGUAUAACGUGAGAUCUUAAGCACUUACCUAUUUAUUUCAAACCGUAGCACAGCCGGCAAGUUAUAACUGCCGGUAAGGAAACGCAAUAAAAUCCACAAUUCAGUUCUGGUGCAAGGUUUGUGCCAUAAUAAAUGGUAACAGAGCCGCGGCCGGCGAGCCUUGUUUGAUAUGGCAGUGAGUGCCAUAGCCAAGUAGUCCAGCGAAGUUGAUCAUUUUGUGAACAAGAUGGCUUAGUGAGUGUAUUGUGUUUUUGUGUUAAACCCCAUGCUCUUUCUUGUGUUCUUCAUCCCUGGCUGUGAACGAUGGAUUAAAAUUAUGCUAAA